UUUCAUCAUGCUGUAACUGUGUGUCAUGCAGCAUCCUGAAGUGUUCUCAGAAGACAGUACAACAAUACGAACGUCACUACGCUACCUGGCGACCAUUAUAAGAUAGAAAUACUGGUAGACCUGAGUAACAAUUACGUCCUCAUGUUGUGUUUUCCAGGCACCAUCUUGAAGCGACCCCGGAACAUCCAAUAGGAUACUGUUUAAGAUUUCUAACGUUUAGUCAUGGCGCUAAAUGAUGGCCAUAUUUAAAGCUGUGCUGUAAUUAUAAGGUACCAGUUUGAAGCGUUUCUAGAACAAUUCCCAGGACCUUGUAGAGAGUUGGCAGCCAUACUUCACACUGGUAUGUCUGUAUGUAUGUUUCAGGCAUUAUCUUUAAGCGUCCCCAGAAAGAGGCUCGGGACCUGCUGACCGUCUACCUCCUGCCGUUUUCCACCAACGUGUGGAUCUGUAUCGCUAUCUCCAUCCCCGUGGCAGCCUUCACCAUGUACCUCACCACACGCCCACGUUUAAGCCUUCGCUCCCUCCUGCGGCGACGCCCACCUUCCCACGCCCGUCCCACCUCACUGCUGGAGUCUUCCGGGGAGUCGUUCGUCCCGAGAUCGAGAGUGGUGGAGAGUGACGGGAAAAGGAACCCCCUGAAGAAGUAUCUAAGAGUGAAGCCAUUGACCACUUCACCUCUACACUGUUUCUAUCAGGACAAUUUUUUCGGCCAAGGAGGUGACGUAGAGGACGAGGGAGAAACGAAAAAGAAAGACAAGAUGAGGCAACACACGGUAGACAGCAAGACGCUGCAGAAGGCCAAGAAGAAGAAGAAGGUGGAGGAGGAGGAAGAAGAAACGGAGGACGUCCCUCAGUCCUUCUUGAGCAGCCUGUGGUUUGCUGCCACUGUCUUCAUGCAGCAAGGUCAGGAGGUGGUGCCCGAGAGGUACCCCGCCAGGCUGGUGUUCGGCUCCAUGUGGGUGGCUUCCGUGGUCCUGUACGCCUCCUACACCUCUAACCUCGUUUCUUACUUCACCGUUAACAAGUCGACGCUCCCCAUCAACAACCUGGAGGAGCUGGUGAAGAGCGAUUACAAGUUUGGCACAAGAGCUGGUUCUGUUUACGGUGACAACAUGAAGGCGUCAAAGAGCGAGGUGUACAAGGCAGCGUCGGCCAAACUGGAGUCUUUCGGGAAGGAGGUCACGAUGGGCACCUACGAAGAGGCCAUCCAGAGGACCCUACAAGAGCCCUACGCCUUUAUAGGAGACUAUGUCGGUGAGUCCUACACUCCUGUUGCUAAGUUAUCUACGUGUGUAUGUGUGGAUAUAUCAUGGAUUUAUGUCUAA